CCGUGGACCUACCUAGGACUCCAGAUCCGUGAGCGGACCAUCGUGCCCCAGCAGCUGAGCAUCAAAGAUGACCCCAAGACCCUGCGGGACUUGCAUCAGCUCUGUGGGUCCAUCAACUGGAUACGCCCUCUGCUUGGGGUAACAACAGAAGUCCUUGCACCCCUCUUCAACCUGCUCCGUGGCAGUGAGGCCCUCGAUUCACCACGCUCCCUCACGCCGGAGGCUCGAGAAUCCAUCACCAAGGUCCAGGAGGCCCUGUCUUCACGGCAAGCCCACCGCUAUGAGCCCAGCCUGCCCUUCCAGCUGGUUGUCCUGGAAAAUGGAGAGCAAAACCGUCCUUGAGUUCCUGAUGUCCCUGAUUAUCUGGAUGCUCCUGAAAACAUCAGCUGUGGAUGCCUGGCUAGUAGCACAGCCCCAGGAGAACGUGUGGAUCACCCUCGCAAAGACACUCCAACAAGACCACAUGUGCUUGUCCAUGGGCAGCGCCACCAACCCUCUGUCAUCCUGCCUGGUAGGGAUUCCUUUAAAGCCCCAUGAAUAUCCUUUCACAGGGAAAGAACCCAACCCAGUAGACACUUGGGAUGAGUGGACAAAGAUCUUGCCCCAUGCACCAGAGGAACCCCAGGAAUUAGAGCUUUUGGGAUCCUCCAAAGCUGCCUACUGCAUAAAUUUUAAUUAUCACCCAGUAGCCAAUGCAUGGCCUGCCUCGAAAUACCAAAAGGCAAUUAAAUCAAGGAAAAAUGUGACUCCCAACAGUAAAAUUUACAGUCAGUCCAAAUGGUGCAAUUACACCAGCAGCACACGAUCCACCUCCUCUCACUAUCCCAGAGUGCUGCCCCGGGGAGUGUUCUUGAUCUGUGGGGAUAGAGUGUGGGCAGGAAUCCCUUCCCGACUCCGGGGAGGUCCUUGCACGCUUGGACAGCUUACCAUCCUCACUCCAAAUUCAACUCUAAUAAAUGAUUGGCUGAAAAAGAAUGAAUUGGCCCACCAAAAGAAAGAUCUCACACAAUUAGAUGAAAAAUGUGAUAACCAAAUUAAAGAUCGGUCCUACACGAAGAAGAUAGUGAUGUCAGCAUUUUUGCCGUGGGCAGCUGCUGCUAAAGCCCUUGGUGAGCCUUCUCACCUGGAGUGUUGGCUUGGUAAGCAGGCCAACCGGACCUCCUCUGUCCUGAGCGACCUCCUGACAGAUGAAGAAACUGUUAGGCAUGCUACGCUACAAAACCGAGCUGCCAUAGACUUUCUGCUCCUGGCCCAUGGACACGGCUGUGAAGAAUCAGAUGGUUUAUGCUGCUUUAACCUCUCCAGCCCCAGUGAAGGCAUCCACGCCCGCAUCCAGAGACUCCAACAUGCAGUCCAAAAACUCCAGGCUGAAAAGGAGCCCCAGUGGCUUGAAGACCUUUUUGUGAGCUGGGGACUCGAGAGAUGGGUUGCCUCCGUUCUCAAGAACAUUUGUUGGGUUUUCUUGAUUGUUAUUAUCUUCCUAAGUAUGUUUUCAUGUUUUAAGAAGCUAUCAGCUAACUCUCUAGGGGAUGCCUUUUUAAUAAAUAAAGAAGUGGGAGUUGUGGGUGCGGAGGAGCCCGCUGGGCCCGAGAUACUGGCCCUCCCCUGGAGAGGAGAUACUUCUCUGUAAGAGCGACACAAUGUCGCUCCCAGGGGUCUUUGAGUUAGUUAUGUUAAACUGUUGUG